AUGGCUAGACAAGCCAUCCUGGUUCUGCUUGCACUGCUAUUCUGGCAGUCGGCAACAGUGACAGCAAUAUCACUCAACCAUGAACUCUACUCGCAAGCUGUGACUGGCGGCAAUGAUGACUACACUUGUUCCAAGACCAAGGCCUGCAAGAUAGGAUGCUGCGGUCCUCUAGACAAAGCUACUGGCAAAGGGAAUUGCGGCUAUGGCUCGGAUUUCUGUGGAAAGGCGUGCAGUGCAAACUGUAAUCGCAAGAGCGAGUGUGAUCCAGGGUGGGGCCGCGAGUGGUCAAAUGCCUCCACAUGCCCUCUUAACGUCUGCUGCAGCAAGUUUGGAUUCUGUGGAACUUCACCCAGCUUCUGUGGAAACGCCAAAGUGCUCUCUCCAGAGUGCAACGGAAAGAGUGCCUACGCACGGACUAUUGGAUACUACGAAGGCUGGAAUUUGGAGCAUGCAUGUGAAAAAAUGACACCAGACCAGAUUCCGCUCGGCUAUUACACGCAUCUCAAUUUCGCCUUCGCUUACAUCGAUCCCAAAACCUUUCACGUCGUCCCGAUGAAGAAGACCAUGGAAUCGCUGUACAAGGCCGUGACCGGACUGAAGAGAAAACAACCCAAUCUGCAAGUCUGGAUCGCCAUUGGAGGCUGGGAUAUGAACGACCCCAGUCCCACGCAGUACACUGUCUCGGACCUGGCAGCGUCUCAACCCGCGCAAGAUGCCUUCUUUGAGUCUCUGCUGAGCUUCAUGCAGAGCAACGGCUUUGACGGAGUUGACAUUGAUUGGGAGUAUCCGGUGGCCGAUGAUCAUGGCGGUCGACCAGCAGACUUUGUCAAUUUUGUAACUCUGCUGAAGCGGUUGCGAGAGCGCCUUGACAAGUCUGGGAAACGUUACGGGAUGUCAAUCACAUUGCCUGCCUCCUACUGGUACUUGCGAGGAUUUGACAUUGUCAAUCUCGAGCGUCACGUCGACUUUUUCAACAUGAUUACCUACGAUAUUCACGGAACCUGGGACAAAAUGAACCGAGAUAACCCCUACGCUGCCUACGCGCAUACCAAUCUGACCGAGGUCAACAGCGCCCUCGAGCUUCUCUGGCGCAACAAGAUUGACCCCGCGCGGGUCAACCUUGGUCUGGGCUUCUACGGCCGCAGCUUCACAAUGAAGGACCCUCAUUGUCUCGCGCCGGGUUGUCUCUUCACGACCGGUGGCCGCCCCGGCGAGUGCACGACCACCUCUGGCGUGCUGUCCCACACAGAGAUUCAGAAGGUCCUUGACGCUAAUGCCCCGGGGACAAAAGUUUCGUUUUACAAGGAAGAUGCCGUCAAGGUUCUUACUUGGGACAAGAACCAGUGGGUAAGCUUUGAUGAUAAGGAAACGUUGAGACUCAAGCUUGAUUUCGCAAAUCGUCGGUGUCUCGGAGGUACAAUGGCCUGGGCUGUGGACCUUGAUUCGAAUGGUGCAUUGAUUGAGGGGCUGGGAUCGGCGAUGGGGAAGAACAAGACG